ACGGAGCGCGUCGUGCGUAAUGACGUCCGCGCCGGCGGAGAAUUUCAAAUUCGAACGGCCUUGGCGGGCUGAGGAAGGAGCUGGUGUUUUGAUGACUGCUGUCCUAUCUAGCGGAUACUUGCACGGUUUACAGAAAUUUGGUCCCUGGGUCGUGUCAGGAAACUGGAUAAAAGGUCAUCAGCAUGAAGCGCAGUUCAGUUUCCACCGGUGGUGCUGGCCGCCUCUCCAUGCAGGAGCUAAGAUCCCAGGAUGUAAAUAAACAAGGCCUCUAUACCCCUCAAACCAAAGAGAGACCAACCUUUGGAAAGUUGAGUAUAAACAAACCAACAUCUGAAAGAAAAGUCUCACUAUUUGGCAAAAGAACUAGUGGACAUGGAUCCCGGAAUAGUCAACUUGGUAUAUUUUCCAGUUCUGAGAAAAUCAAGGACCCGAGACCACUUAAUGACAAAGCAUUCAUUCAGCAAUGUAUUCGACAACUCUGUGAGUUUCUUACAGAAAAUGGUUAUGCACAUAAUGUGUCCAUGAAAUCUCUACAAGCUCCCUCUGUUAAAGACUUCCUGAAGAUCUUCACAUUUCUUUAUGGCUUCCUGUGUCCCUCAUACGAACUUCCUGACACAAAGUUUGAAGAAGAGGUUCCAAGAAUCUUUAAAGACCUUGGGUAUCCUUUUGCACUAUCCAAAAGCUCCAUGUAUACAGUAGGGGCUCCUCAUACGUGGCCUCACAUUGUGGCAGCCUUAGUUUGGCUAAUAGACUGCAUCAAGAUACAUACUGCCAUGAAAGAAAGUUCACCUUUAUUUGAUGAUGGGCAGCCUUGGGGAGAAGAAACUGAAGAUGGAAUUAUGCAUAAUAAGUUGUUUUUGGACUACACCAUAAAAUGCUAUGAGAGUUUUAUGAGUGGUGCUGACAGCUUUGAUGAGAUGAAUGCAGAGUUGCAGUCAAAACUGAAGGAUUUAUUUAAUGUGGAUGCUUUUAAACUGGAAUCAUUGGAAGCAAAAAACAGAGCAUUGAAUGAACAGAUUGCAAGAUUGGAACAAGAAAGAGAAAAAGAACCGAAUCGUCUAGAGUCGUUGAGAAAACUGAAGGCUUCCUUACAAGGAGAUGUUCAAAAGUAUCAGGCAUACAUGAGCAAUUUGGAGUCUCAUUCAGCCAUUCUUGACCAGAAAUUAAAUGGUCUCAAUGAGGAAAUUGCUAGAGUAGAACUAGAAUGUGAAACAAUAUGGGGCUGCUUUAACAUUUCUUUUUGUGUUCUCUUCUUACAGAUUGAAACACAAUUAGCAGAGUAUCACAAAUUGGCUAGAAAAUUAAAACUUAUUCCUAAAGGUGCUGAGAAUUCCAAAGGUUAUGAUUUUGAAAUUAAGUUUAAUCCCGAGGCUGGUGCCAACUGCCUUGUCAAAUACAGGGCUCAAGUUUAUGUACCUCUUAAGGAACUCCUGAACGAAACUGAAGAAGAAAUUAAUAAAGCUCGAAAUAAAAAAAUGGGUUUGGAGGAUACUUUAGAACAAUUGAAUGCAAUGCUAACAGAAAGUAAGAGAAGUGUGAGAACUCUGAAAGAAGAAGUUCAAAAGCUGGAUGAUCUUUACCAACAAAAAAUUAAGGAAGCAGAGGAAGAGGAUGAAAAAUGUGCCAGUGAGCUUGAGUCCUUGGAGAAACACAAGCACUUGCUAGAAAGUACUGUUAACCAGGGGCUCAGUGAAGCUAUGAAUGAAUUAGAUGCUGUUCAGCGGGAAUACCAACUAGUUGUGCAAACUACGACUGAAGAAAGACGAAAAGUGGGAAAUAACUUACAACGUCUGUUAGAGAUGGUUGCUACACAUGUCGGGUCGGUAGAGAAACAUCUUGAGGAGCAGAUUGCUAAAGCUGAUAGAGAAUAUGAAGAAUGCGUGUCAGAAGAUCUCUCGGAAAAUAUUAAAGAGAUUAGAGAUAAGUAUGAGAAGAAAGCUGCUCUAAUUAAGUCUUCUGAAGAAUGAAGAUAAAAUGUUGAUCAUGUAUAUAUAUCCAUAGUGAAUAAAAUUGUCUCAGUAAAGUGUA